UGGGCUACCGGGAGUGCCAGCCUAGCCCUGCACAGCAGAGGUGGUGGUGGUGGCCCUUGCCCUUGGUUUUUAUUCUGCUUGCGCUCGACCUCGCAGCCAUGGAGGGACCCCAGGAGCUUCUCAGUGGGAAGUUCCAACUCUGCUUCACUCCAGCUGCCGGGACCAGCCUCCUGAUGCUCAGGCUAAACGAUGCGGUGUUACGUGCGCUGCAAGAGUGUCGGCGGCAACAGGUUCGGCCAGUGAUCGCUUUCCAAGGCAACCGAGGGUAUCUGAGGUUCCCAGGCCCUGGCUGGUCCUGUCUCUUCUCCUUCAUAAUGUCCCAGUGUGGCCCAGAGGGCCCUGGUGGUGGCCUGGACCUUGUGUGCCAACACUUAGGCAGGUCUGGGCCUAACCACCUUCACUGCCUGGGCCCACUCAGGGAGCGCCUGACUAUUUGGGCAGCCAUGGAUUCCAUCCCUGCCCCAUCUUCAGUUCAGAGACACAAUUUAACUGUCCGUGCCAGAGAUCCUGAGAGUUGGCAGAACAUAGGAGACUAUUCUGAAGAAGACACAAUUUCACAGCCACAGAUGGCACUAAAAGAGGUGCCAGACCCACUGGCAAGCACCCAAGGACAGUCACUCCCAGGAUCCUCAGAGAAACACAUGGCACAGUGGGAAGUGAGAAACCAGAUCCAUCUUCCAAACAGAGAACCUGAUCAGACACUGCCUUCCUCUGCUAGCCAGAAAUAUUUGGACAAGAAACGUCCAGCACCUACAACCCCUAGAAGACUAAAAGAAAAGAGGCUCAGAACCUUGCCUUUAGCUCCAAGUCCCUUACAAGGACUGCCCAGUCAGGACCUGCAAGAUGGAGAAGAUUGGGAGCAAGAAGAUAAAGAUGAAGAUGAUAUGGGCCCCAGGCUGGAACACAGUCCCUCAGUUCAAGCAGAUUCUGAAUCCCCAAGCCCUGAAGAAGUACCAGAUUACCUCCUGCAAUACAGGGCCAUCCACAGUGCAGAACAGCAACAUGCUUAUGAGCAAGACUUUGAGACGGAUUAUACUGAAUACCGCAUCCUCCAUGCUCGUGUUGGGGCUGCAAGCCAAAGGUUCAUAGAGCUGGGAGCUGAGAUCAAGAGAGUUCAGCGAGGAACUCCAGAACACAAGGUGCUGGAAGAAAAAAUAGUCCAGGAAUAUAAAAAGUUCAGGAAGCGUUACCCAGGUUACAGGGAAGAAAAGUGUCGUUGUGAGUACCUGCAUCAGAAACUGUCCCACAUUAAAGGUCUCAUCCUGGAGUUUGAGGGGAAAAAGGGGGACAGCUGAAGCUAUCAGAGGGCUCUUUACCCUCUCUCUGCUCAGAUAUCAAGGAACAAAGCAACUAUAAACUGCACAGAGUGCAACUGUCAGCUCUUCUUAUUGCUCAGUCCAUGGUGGCAAGUGUGAGAGCUCCUCUAGACUGACUUUCAUUGUUGUCAUACUUUACUUUUUAGGGUGUAGUCACAGUGGCAAGAUUAUACAGCUGUGCCCAGGAGACUAGGAAGAAUAGCAGAGGCUUGGCUUCAUCUUUAGGUCAGCCAAGUCAUUUUCCAAUCCUGAGAAAUGACACCAUUUCCAGGACAAGAUAUCUUGAGAACAUUAGAAUUUAGCCUGGUAGCCUCCCUAAACAGUAGUUAGAACUUCUGGUAACAGAUCUAAAAGAACUUGUAAUACACAUGGAUAUAAUGGGAAAGGGCUUGGUUGGUCCCCUUGUACUAAAAGUGAAUUCUUUUACAAACAUGGUUAAAAAUGAAAACUGA